CAUUUAAUAUUUGCUGCCACAAGAUGCUGGAAACAAUAAAAGUAAUGAGAUCUGGCGUUGACCAAUACUUUUUUCCCUUAUGGUAUAAUGUGGCCAGUCCCCACCAGUUUGCUGGGUGCUGCUUAUGCAGUUCUCUACAUGUGUAAAUGGCAUUUGCUGUCAGCCUUCAGCAUGGCCAAAAUCCAAGUGAGAGAUUUGAGGUCUAAUCCCACAAACCCUUCCUUGCAUGAGGCAUUUCAUUUGCUUUGGGUAAACAAACCAAUGCAGAUUUGUUUAUAGGAACCUGUACCAGCAUGUAGAGUUAAGGGUUUUUUAGUGCAAGUAACAUUUGCUGCCUUUGAACAACGUGCCCUUGUUUCAGAUGGGAGUAGUUCUGGGUCCUGACCCAGGAGCAGGAGGGUUCAUGUCCAGCUAAUCCUGGCUGCAUGAAGUUUAUUUUUAGUUCAGAAUUAGCUGAGGUUCAAUGUGAGCAGCGUGAGGGAGCAUAGACCAGUUCACAGUGCCUCUUUCAGGGAACAACUUCAAAUGAUAUGGGAAAGAAACAAGUGUGCCCACCUCGUGCCCUUCCUCCAGUGCCAAGUGGAAGCCAAGAUGAAAUUCCACUCAGUCGUCCCAAAAAAAGGAAAUCCAAAGGAAAGAUUCCAUUAGAUGGCAUUGUGCAAGCAGCAGUUCGUCGGCCGUCUGAGAGCAGCGAGCCCCUGACUCCUGAACCUCCUGAUGCCCCUCCUCAGAGGAAACGCAAGAAGAAGAAAGUACCUACUGAUUCUGAGACCUCUUUUACCCAGAAAAAUGUGGCAUCCCUAUUUCAGAAUGGAAAUGGCAUGGAUGUCCCUGAAGCUGAAGAAACAGUGAUCCGCAAACAGAGAAAAAGAACAAAGAAACCUCGGCCAGCUGAAGUGAGCUCCAAUGAGCUGGAGGUGGAGGAGGAGGACAUCAUUGAAGAUGAGCACAGGAAGAGCCCAGACCAGCAGCCUGUGUUUGCUGCUCCCACUGGAAUUAGUCAGCCUGUUAGCAAAGUGUUUGUUGAAAAAAAUCGGCGUUUUCAGGCAGCUGAUCGUGCAGAAUUGAUUAAAACCACUGAAAAUAUCAAUGUACUUCUGGAUGUGAAGGCUUCAUGGACUACUAGAGAUGUUGCCCUCUCAGUGCAUCGAAGUUUCAGGGUGUUGGGCCUCUUCACCCAUGGCUUCCUGGCUGGUUAUGCUGUAUGGAACAUCGUGGUUAUCUACAUUUUGGCAGGAAAUGAACUUUCUAUGGUUUCUAACCUGCUUGAGCAGUAUAAGACAAUAGCAUACCCAGCUCAAAGUUUGUUCUAUUUUUUGCUGUCUAUCAGUACAGUCUCAGCCUUUGACAGGAUUGAUCUGGCAAAAGCAUCAGUUGCACUGAGGGGCUUUCUUACCCUAGACCCAGCAGCACUAGCUUCUUUCUUGUACUUUGCUGCUCUUAUCUUAUCCUUAAGCCAGCAGAUGACAUGUGACAGAAUCAACCUCUACACGCCACCAUCGGAAAAUGGCAGUAUCUGGACUGCAGGUACAGAGGCAGAAAUUGUUCACUCGUGGGUUGUGGUGAAUCUCGUAGUGUCUGUUCUAGUUGGGACAAGUUGGAUCUUCUUAAGUUCCCGACCAGAGCUAGACCACAGUGAAGAAUUGAUGUUUCAUUCUGAAAUUGAGGAAUUUCCUCAUGGAGAUGUCAUACCCAGAGUCCAGCCAUAAGUGUGGAACAAGAAUCUGCAUAUAUUAUAGCUGUGACUGAU